GCCAUGUGACUGGCAAACUCUCGCGAGCGUUUUACACAAGACGGAUCCUUUCUAGCCAUAACCACGCUUUUCCCUGGUAAUACGUCCUCAGCACUCGACCAAACACAGUGGUGGCGUGAGAUUAGAGAAGCGUUCAAAAGUAUUUUCUUAAAAAGUGUUUUUAAAUUAGAUUAGCUCUGUGUUAUAAAGGCGCCUGGGUGCUCCGUCCAGCUGCUGCCAUGACACAGUCCGUUGUUGUCCAAGUUGGGCAGUGUGGCAACCAGGUUGGCUGCAGGUUUUGGGAUCUUGCCUUGCGAGAACAUGCCCAUGUGAAUAAAAAAGGAUUGUAUGAUGAGGCACUCAGUAGCUUUUUCCGAAAUGUGGACUCAAGGAAAUGUGAUGGGGAGGCCCAUUUUGUUGGUGGAAGAAUCCAACAUCUGAAGGCCAGGGCGGUGCUGGUGGACAUGGAGGAGGGUGUGGUCAAUGAGAUCCUGCACGGCCCGUUGAGAGAAAUGUUUGACAGCACCCAGCUCCUCACAGACGUGUCGGGUUCAGGCAACAACUGGGCAGUUGGACACAUGACGUAUGGCUCAGCCUACAGGGAACAGAUCGUGGAUAAACUGAGGAAGGCAGCAGAACACUGUGACUGUCUGCAGUGCUUCUUCCUCAUUCACUCUAUGGGAGGAGGUAAGGCACAACCCAGUUUGACCAAUUCCAGUCAUGGGAUCAUUGAUGAUUGA